CAAUGUUUAUUUGUAUGAAUCAUGUUUUGAGAUUAUUUGUUUGUUCGAUAAUGUUUUUAAUAUGUGAAUCAUGUUUAAGCUUAUUUGUUUGAUGGAAAAUAUGUGAAUUAUUUUUGAGCUGAUUUUUGUUAUAUGUGAAUCAUUUAUUUAUGUAUUUUAUUUUCAUUUGUUUUUAUUAUAUUGUAUUAUUAAACUUUAUAACUUGAUUUAUGAGCAUGUAUUUUCUAGUUCUUUGACAAUGAAGGGUUUCAUGAGAGCUUCGAAAAGUGGUCGAGGUCGAGGCGGUGGUCGGAGCACUUAUAUGAUUACACAACCAUUACCACCUUCUCCACCUCCACCUCCACCGCCACCGCCACCGCCACCGCCACCGCCACCGCCACCGCAAAUUGAUGGGCUGGAGCAGGGAAAGAUUGAGCUGACACCUGAUGGGUUAUGGUUUUGCAAUCAUGGAGUUGCUGGUUGUGUCACGAAGGCUUGGAAAGCGCACUACAAUUACCCUUACUUGAACUAUAAGGAGGUGCCACUUGUGGUGAAGGAUCGCUGGUUCAAUGAGUUUAAGCGUGGAUAUACUUGGAGACCUGAGUUCAAUAUUAAGGCUAGGAAAGAUUUUGAUGCAAAAUGUUCGGAUCGCCUAAGGGAUACAAUGAACAAAGUUGCUAGUAUUCCUAUUCAUAAGGAUAUUGAUUUCAUGCUUGGUGAUGUUCGGGCUGCAUAUAUGAAGAGGCGGGAAGAUCCAGAAUUUAAGAUACGUUCUAAGAGAGCCAAGGCUAAUAGAUUAUCUGGCCAAACUGAAGAUAGUUUUGACCCUGGCCAUCGUCAAGGUAGCAUUUCUACUCCUAUGGUCGUUGCAAAAAUGGCGAGCCUUAACAAUGGAGUUUUACCAACCGCUGCUGAUGUUUAUGAGAAGACACAUUCUAUUCCCGUGGGUGACGAGGGUGAAACUGAUUUGAUUGGUGAAAAGGCAAUUGAAAUCAUGGAAGAAUAUAAUGACAAACUGGAGGCAUGUAAGAGUAAAGGAAUUGAGGUAGACCCGAACGAUUUAUACCUAGAGGUUGUAGGUGGGAAAAAGAAAGGCAAAGUUUAUGGUUUAGGGAGUGCUUCACAUAUGUAUUGCAAGCAUCUUUCUUCUCACUCUACUGCAUCACCUUCUACACCUUCCAUUACUUCUCAAUUAAGCUCUCAAGUUGAAGAAUUAAAGAAGAUGGUAGAAGAAACCCAAAAAGUGGCAGUGGAAUCCCAUAAAGUGGCAGCGGAAGCCCAAAAACUGGCAUCGGAAAGCUUAAAUUUGGCUAGAGAAACUGCUGAAAACUAUAAGAUUGAAAAGGCCGAAUGGCAGAAAGAGAUGAGGGAGAUGGCAGCAAUAAUCCUUUCUGUUCGGCGUAAUUCAACCGCUACUCCUACCAUUACUCCUACUCCUAACACUACUCUUACCGGCUUUCAUGACCCAUAGGGAUCCAUCGGGACAAGGUUCCUCAUACGUCACACAUGCUACAAGACUUGGUUGAAUUUUUUGCUUUGGAGUGAUGAUUUGGAACGGUCAUUUUGUGAAUAUAACUAGCUUGCUCAUUUGGAGGUAAUUUUGUGAACGUCUAACAUGCUCGAUUUGGAGUAAUUUUGUGAAUGUCAUUAGUUGUGUGCCCAUUUUGGAGGUAAUUUUGUAAAGGACUAACAUGAUCAUUUUGGAGGUAUUUUGUAAAUGUCUAAUACAUUUUAGGAGGUGAUUCUUGAAACCGUUAGUGGUAAGGUUCAAAACUAUGUAUUUGAACAAUUUAUCUAGUGAAUGAAAAAUCAUGAAAUAUUCAGGUUAUUCUAUAUGUAGUUCUGAAUGUAGUUAUACAAGCAUUUAUUUUAUAUAGGUUGAUAUGAAUAAUCAAAUAUUUUGCUACUACAUAACUGAUUUUUGCGACGGAGAUGGCAGA